CAGAUGAUCGGUUGAGUGAUGUUGCUAUUUUCACUUUGAUUUCCAAGCUUAUUUACAUUUUCUCUUCAGAAUUUUCCAUUUAAUUCUUGAUUAAUCUACUUAAUUGUUUUAAUUUUCUUUAAUUUUAGUGAUCACAAUUAACUACGAAAGUGAGUAUGACUUUCUGGUUCCAUAGAAAUCCACUUAAAUCAACAACAUCGGUUCCAUUUGAUCUUAAAUUGGUUACUACCAAUGCUGAAGCUGUAAACAUUUGUAGUCAAUUACAAAAGUGUCGCGUUAAAUUGAUUGAGAAUUUAUCUAAUUUGGAUUGUGAGGAGGAAAUUAUUCAAAAUCAAUUGUACAAUUAUCUUGGUUUAUUGCGAGGAUUCAUUGAAAAUGCCGAUUCAAGUGCUGGUAGUGACACAACCCGAUUGAGACAUGUUGUCAAAUUUAAGUGGACCCAUUCAAUGUUAGGCUCAAGUCUUGUUUCCCAAUACGAUGUCAUGUAUGAAUUUAUCUCAAUUAACCAGGAAUAUGCUUUCUGGUUGAUGAAAAAGGCUUCAAUUUUAUCGUCUAAAGAAUCAGUAACUGAAGAGCAAUUAAAAAAAAUUCAUCGAUUCCUUAGGAAAUCAGUUGGUGUUUUAAGUGAAAUUAAAACUAAUUAUAUCCAUCGAUUGGUUGAUACUUGUACAAUUGGAUCAGAUCUUGACACUAAAGUAAUUGAUGCUUAUAUAGCUCAAUGUUUCGCUGAAGCUCAAGAAGUUACUGUUUUCCGGGCGAUUGAUUUGAAACAUUCACCAGCCUUAAUUUCAGCUCUUGCCCACACGACAUCGCAAAAGUUUCUGGAAGCAGCAAUGAACAUCAAGGCUCUGGAAAUUACUAAAUUUGGUAAAUGGAUGCACUAUUUUCAAAUCAAAUGCUGUUGUUACGAUGCAUUGGCUUAUAGUUUUUUUGGUGACAAUUUAAUUAAGUUGGAAAAAUGUGGUGAAGCAAUUAGAUGUAGUCAGGAAAGUUUCAGGAGAAUCGAGAUUUUAUCUCCAUUGAUGAAAGAAUAUUUCAAAAUGAAAUCCUAUGGUUCAGCUCCGAAACAAGAUCAGACUGGAUUUUUCCAACGAAUCAAAUCAAGUUUAACUCGAAUUAAGGAUAAAUGUGAAAGAGAAAAUAAUUUAAUAUUCCAUCAGAAAGUUCCACUUGAUCUUCCAAACCUCGAACUCCAAGCGACCCAUGGAAUCGUUGCUCCUGAACCUUACACAAUUCCACCGAUCAGUAGCCUUUGGACUCCAUUUGCUUGUUCAGCUUUCGAUUUGACGAUUCCUUUGAAAAAUCUAUCCCUCAAGGAUAACCAUGAACCUAAAGAAGAAAGUAAAUCAUCACCACCGAAGGAGGAAAAAAGUGGAAAAUCCAAGAAAGAUAAAAAAUCUCCAAAGAAAUGAAUCGAUAAUUAAUUGAUUUUCUAUGCAUUAAUCACGUUUAUAAUUAAUUUAUAUUCUGAAACCAUUGAUGGGUCCAAAAUGAAAGGAAUUGGUGGUAAAUCAUCAGUGAUGAUGGAUCAUAACGAUCAUGAUGAUGAUGAAAACAAGAAUUAUUUGUUUUUCUGUCAUAAUUUGAUUAUUAAUUCACUGAUGAAAUUCAGAUUGAUUGACCAAAUCAAUUAGAAUCUUAAAGGUCCUGAAAAGUCAUGUUUACACAAAAGAAAAGGAUUUAAAUUAAAUUGCUGGAAAAAGAAAUUGGUUAACCAUCAUUCAUCAUUUAAUUAAUCCAUUAAUUAAUCAACAAAAUACAAAAAAAAUCCACGUUUAAUCAACUGAGAGAAAAGUCAACAAUCAAUAUUGUUUCGAUCUUCAUUGUUUUUUCUUCUUCUCUGAUAACUAAUUAGCUCUUUCAAGCAACCAAAAAGGACAUUAUUUUUAAGUUAAUUUAAAUUGUUGCUCAAAAAAAAAGAAAACACAAAUUAAUUAUCAAACGAUUUUUUGUUUUUCUACUUAAUAAUUAUUUAUAAUUAAUCACAUUCUCCUUGUUGAUUUUUCGUUUUUCACAAUGUCACUGAUGAAUGAUGAUAACGAUGAAAAUGAAGAUGAUGAUGAUUAUGAUGAUGAUGAAGAUGAUGAUGAUGA